AUGGCAAGACAAUGGCUCUUUGGAGGAACCUCAUCCCCCCGCCGAGCCCCCAUCGACCGACACCGACACCGACACCACCCCUCUCUACCGAGCUGUGUUGUAGCACCAAGGAACAGCUUGGAGCAAUUGGGUCAAGAACAAAAUGAGCAAAUUCAAAUGGGACUUGAAAUCAACACAAAUUUUGAUCACAAUGCAUUGGAUUCUCCAAGUGUCAAGACUCCAAAUCUCUUGGCUAGACUAAUGGGUCUUGAUAUUCUUCCUCAAACCACCACCUCCCCUUCCGCUACACGGUCUCUCCCGAACAGCCCGAGAGUAUCCUCGUUGAGGCUAUCGGAUGUCGACCGUCAUCACCAUCGACACUCGCUCGAUAUUAACUUGGACAUAGAGAAUAGCCAAAUUUGCAAAGAGAUGAAACAAGAAGAAGAACAAGUGAGAAGGAAAGUUGCACUUGUUGACAUUACCAAUAAUAACAACAAAUUGGUGUAUGGUAAACUAAAAAAUCAAGACGUGACGAUGUUUAGGAAGCAUAACUCGAUAUCGACACAGACACCGACACCGACACCAAAACGGAAGCCAAGGGCAACGACUCGAGAAGAAAAAGAAGAAGAGUCUCCUCCUCCGGCGGCCAAAGUCCGUCAUGAACAGCGAUGCCGGUUCCCGAACGGCAAGCAGAGGCCGGCAGCGGAAGAGGUGGGCAGGAGAGCCACCGCGGACGGCGGAGCAGGCGAGUUGAAAUACAUAAAAAGAAUAUUAACUUCUCCAAAUUGGUUCUCCCCCACCAACCCAUUGAACCCAUCAAUCUUCCACCACCUAGAAACCAGUAACGCCGCCGUGGGAGAGCCAAGGCUCGAGCGGUGGAACAAGGAUGAUGAUGAUGAAGUGUUGGGGGAAAUGGUGAUGAAUUGUAGAACAAGGAUGAUGAUGAUGAAGGGGUGGGAAUUGGCACGUGCGAAAUGUCAUGUCCUGAAAGACAUCGAUUCCUUAAUCGACAAAGAUUUGGGGAAAUGGAAGAAGGUGUUGGAAUUGGAAGGGGUUGUGAGGACCUUUGAGUUUCAUAUUUUGGACUCCCUCUUGCGAGAAACUACUGCCACCAUUAUGUCCCUACAUAAACGCUGUCGUUUUGCACCCCAUGGAUUUGUCCUCACGUGA